AUGGGUGGUAUAGACCAUGUUGCAACUAUGCCUUCUAUUCAUGCUUGGACUCCUUGUGCACCAGGGGGAGUUUAUCUCCCAUUCUCUGCAGUACUCCCAUCAGGGCCACAGAUGGAUCCUUCUGUGCCUGUAACUGCUCCGGUGCCUGGACAUUCUGCAGCCAUAUUUGCAGGGAUGCCUGGGUCAGGCUUCCAGACAACGAUUCAAUCAGUUGGAGUGUAA